ACCAAAAUCUUUUCUCCUCUGGUUAGUAAACCUUCUUCUCCUUUUCUUCCUCAUCCCUCCCUGCCAUCAAGAUGUGGAGAUGACGGAUCCAUCAUCAUGUUGUGAUAAUAGUGAUAGUAAUAAGGAUCCUCCAGAAGAAUGGACCGUGACGACCAUGAUCAUGACAGUCGCCACAUCGUUGGAAGAUGACAGUCCCAUGGAAAUCAAUUUGGCCGAGACUCUGGAACGUAAAAAGAAUCCCCCCAAGCAACCUUCCAACGACAAUGCCUAUUGGUUCCCGUCCUCCUUUUGUCUCAACACGGAUACUUUUCGCAAACAGCAGUUGGCACCAAUACUGUUGAAAGCCUGUCAACGAGCAGGAUGGCAAGCCAUGAUCAAGGGAUGGGACAAGAGUCGCAUGGCCACCAAGGUCGUUUGUCGGAGACAUUGCUGGUACAAGAAUCGAUCCGUCCGACCAGACUAUCCCAAAAAGACACGAGUCAUUCAUCGUCCCAUGCCAGGAAAGGAGGUCAAUUGUCCUUUUAAGUUCUUGGUCGGGUGGGAUCCCGUACAACAACGAUGGUUUCUACCCAAAGAACAACGAGGCUGCAAACGACACGUCGGACAUGGACCGCAACAAGAAGAAAAUAUUAAUGAUAAUGACAAGAACAACCAUGUGCAAGAGCAACAAGAGGGGAAAACAGCAAAAAAGAAAAGUGACAAUGACAAUCAACCAAAGCAAGAACCACCAGGGGGAACUAGUGAGGAGGAUAGCAAUGAUAAUAAACGAGAAGCUACAGAUGAUGACAAAAAACAGUCUCCAAUUUUUGUUGUCGAGACGAAUGCAACCGCAGAUCAUGACAAGAAGACUGACAACCAUACUAUUUCAUCUGUCCAACUACUACAAGAACAAGAACAACAAGAAUCUAAUACUACAACAAAACCACCACCAGCUACCACCAAACGCAAACGAGUCAACACUUUGGCCUACAAUUCACUGCUGCCAGUCUUUCAACAAAUGACCGAUAGUGUGCAAAAUUCAAGGGAACUGAAACACUUGGCCGAGCUCAUGCAUCAAACGCAUCGAAAACUACUCGAAUACCAGCAAGACCCAGCACAAAGCGCGGUCAUGUCAAGGGGGAAUGCUAAUGAUACCACUGCCUCAGCCGAUAGUGGUACUGCUAUUGGGACCGAUACUACAAAGGAACCUACCAGCAACAAGAGACAACGCCAAGAAUAGCUAACUAGUACAAAGUGCAUACCUAGUAGGGGAGGGGCAAAAACAUGCAACAAAACUUCAUGUGUAGUCAAAUAGAUGUAGAUCUCUUCUUUACUUUAUGAUACUAGACUACAUAAUAUAUAUAUUCACGGCCAAGAGAUACGACAGAACACAAACACGCCAGCCAAC